UGUUUGAUCCUGACUUCUCUGAUCCUUCCCUUCUUCCAGUGUCCCCCUCUUAUCUCCUGAUAAGACAUAUCAUGUGGAGACACUCUGCACAUGCUCAGUUUGGUGGUUUAUUUCUUCAGAGAGUGUGCAUGUGAUCAGCACAGGACAAAUCAACACUGUCCAGGCAGAGGUCGGGGGUCCUGCAUCCUUCUAGAGCAGAAUGAAAACUACCCCUACAAGCUUUUAACAUGUGCUCUGCUGGACACUGAUAGAAGUAACAAGACUGCUCUAACUGCUGAUGAGAAAAGGCAUUUAGCAGUUUAUAUUUACUAA